ACUAUUAUGAAGAAAAAUGGAAUGAUCCGACUUGAUAACAGUGCUAUAGGUGUAAGAAUGAAGAUGGGAUGUGAGGCUUCUGUUUAUUUAACAUUGACCGACACCCAUAGGCAAUGCUCCCUCCUUCAAGGACUGUGUGGAAACUAUAACAACGAUUACAAAGACGAUUUUCAAGCACUCAGCGGCAAAGUCAUGAAGGAUAGCGAUUCCUUCGCAAAUAGCUAUCUCAUAAAAACUACUAAAGCCGUGUGCAAACCAACAUUCGGUAUUCCAGAUUUUUGCAAUGGAACUCAGAUGAAGAUGGCUGCUGCCCAAAAAUGUUCUUAUCUACAGUCGAAUGUAUUUAAAAAGUGCCAGCAACUGAUUGAUACGGAAAGAUGGGUAAAACUGUGUCAGAAUGAAAUCUGUUCUGCACAAACAUCACAACAGGAAAAACAAAUGUGCAAAGUAUUUGAAAGUUAUUCAGAAGAUUGCAGAGAAGAAGGAGUUGUUAUUCAAUGGAGACGUAAAGACGUUUGCCCGAAAACAUGCCCCGCAGGUUUCAUUUAUACUGAGUGUACCACAGCUUGUGAACCAACAUGUAGCCGGUUGUAUUCUUUUGUCCCUGACGAAUGUUAUAAAAGUUGCAGUCCUGGAUGUCAAUGUAAACCCGGAACAAUUAGAGAUGGAGACAAAUGCGUUUUACCAAAAGACUGUUCCUGUGUUUAUAAGGAUAAAAGGAUGCCAGCUGGUUCAACUGUUCAAAUGGACUGCAACAAAUGUGUCUGUAAGCUUGGCAGAUGGGAAUGCACAGAACAGAGAUGCCCUUCAAAAUGUACCGUUUCGGACAGAGCUUUGUACAAGACAUUUGAUGGAACUGAAUUUAGAAUCGAACCAGCGGCUUGUAAAUAUACUUUAAUUGAGCCUCAACCGAAUAUAGUAGACGAGCGCACACGGUUAAAGAUAGAAGCUGUAUACGAAAGUUGCGGCGGAACAAUGGUCGCUGAUAAAAAUUGUCUGAAAGGUUUCACUAUUCAGUCAGCAAAAAUGUCCGUUGAGAUUUCUGAUGUCACCGCUGUUGUCAAUUCUGAUGUCGUCAAAUCAUUUCCUUUCAUUGAUGCUGACAUUUACAUCAAGCAAGUGUCAUCUGAAUUCUUUUUCAUCCACAUGAAAUAUUUAGAUAUACUAUAUAAACCGAAGAGCCAAAUUUCCAUCACUGUUGAUCCAGUCUUUGCCUCAAAGAACUUUGAAAAGGCUCAAACGUUGUGCAAUAUCAUUAAAGACACUAAAGUGUUUGGGCAGUGUUAUGAAGUGGUCAACUACCAGCCAUACUUUGACCGCUGUCUCCAUGAGACAUGCUUAAAAUCAGCCAGUGGUCCAAACACCCCAUUUUGUAAUAUUCUUUCUGAGUAUGCUAAGAAAUGCGCUGACAAUGGGAAGUUUAUUAAAUGGUAUGAAUCUCAGGAGCUGUCGAAUCUAUGCCCCUUUCAGUGCGAUGUUGGUAAAUCAGAAGUCUACUCAGUCUGCCAUUCUCUGAAAAGCAGUCACUGCAGUGAUUUUACAACCAUUAAGGGAAAAUGUCAGGAAGAAUGUAUUCCUGGUUGUGGAUGUCCAAAGAAUAUGCACUACGACAGUACAGGCAAUUGUGUUCCGCUGGCCGAUUGUUCGUGUUAUGAUAAGAAGCAACCAAGCAAAACAUUCAAGUCUGGACAGAUGUUAAGAAAAGCUUGUUCAAAAUGUACAUGCAGCAAUGCAGAAUGGGAUUGCGAGAAAAAAUCUUGUGAUGAAAUUAUAUGUCCAAAAUAUCAAAUAUACAUCACAAAGACAGCAAUAUGCCAAAAGACAUGUGCAAACUUUGAUCAAAUGAUGAAGUGUGAAGAAAAAGAUAAAGUUAUUGACGAGUGUGGCUGUCCCGAAGGAAAAGUCAUGUCUCACAACGGUAGAUGUGUAGAAAAAGAUGAAUGCCCUUGUAGAUAUGACAAUAAAUGGUAUAAGCCAGGACACAAAAUUAAAAUUGGAUGCAAAGAAUUAAUUUGCAGGAAGAAUGUUUGGGUGACAGUUUCGAAAUCUGACUGCGCAGCAACUUGUUGGGCAGCCGGUGACCCUCACUAUCAAACAUUAGACGGUAAAAGUUAUACCUUUAUGGGAAAUUGUAUGUACGUGCUUUCCAGGUCUUUGGACAAAACAUUCUCUAUUAUCACUAAGAAUGUGAAAUGUGGUUUGAGUAGUGUGACCUGUACAAAAGCUAUUGAGGUAGCCAUUAAAAAACAGAAAAUUUUCAUGACUCGAGGAGUUGGGCUAAAAGUGAACGAGAACUUAAUCAAUCAAACCUUUGCAAAAUUUCAAGAUAUUAUUAUUUCCAGAAGUGGAUUUUUCUAUCACAUCUUCACAAACAUCGGCCUGGUGAUCCAAUGGGAUGGAGCGACACGAGUUUAUGUGCAUGUUUCUCCUGUCUGGAUGGGAAAAGUUGAAGGUCUCUGCGGAAAUUAUGAUGGAAAUGCUGAAAAUGAUUUCAGAGGCCCCGAUAAUGCUGUUAGAAAUCUAGCGUCUGAUUUCGGUCAUAGCUGGCGGUUACAGGAUUGCAUGGCUGUUCCACAAACGAAACCGAGUGAUGAGAAGAUAUUUUGUAAUAGUCCAGAGAGGAAAAUGUGGGCACAAAGUGCAUGCAAUCCCAUCAGACGAGGCCCGCUUUUCGAAAGAUGUCGCCAAGCUACUGGCGAUAAAUAUAAAACAUACUAUGACGACUGUGUUCAAGAUGCUUGCGGUUGUGAUACAGGUGGUGACUGCGAAUGUUUAUGCGCAGCUAUAUCAAACUUUGCAGACAUGUGCAGCAGACAUAACAUUUAUAUCAAAUGGAGAAGUCAAGAAUUGUGUCCAAUUCAAUGUGAAGAAAACUUCCGCUAUUCAACAUGUGGUUCUCCCUGUCCUCAGACCUGUAGAAAUAUUGGUGAUGAACCAGAACCUUAUUGUAAAACUACAAAAUGCAUCGAAGGCUGUUUCUGUGCUCCUGGAUUUAUAAGAGAUGGUAAGAAAUGUGUCCCUGCAAUUGAGUGUCCAUGCUAUAUGAACGGUCUGAGAUACAGCCCUGGGACAAAGCUAAAUAUGAAUUGCAAAGAAUGUGUCUGCUCCGUGGGUAAAUUCCAAUGCACUAAGAUUAAAGAUUGUCCCAAGAAAUGCCAGCCAGGUGAAUUCCGGUGUGCUAUGGGAGAGUGUAUUGCCAACAAAUACAAAUGCGACAAGACUAUCGAUUGUAGAGAUGGAUCGGAUGAAUUAAAUUGCAACUAUACCUGUAAACCUGGAGAAUUUGAGUGCGGUGAUGGAAACUGUAUCCCUCUAUCUAAAAAAUGUAAUGGUCUACCAGAUUGUGUGCUUGGUAGUGAUGAAACAAACUGCAACGUAACAUGCCACAACACCCAGUUUACCUGCAAAAAUAAGAAAUGCAUUCCGAAAUCUUUCAAGUGUGAUGGUCAUGUGGAUUGUGGUAUUGAUGACAAUUCAGACGAAACCAGUUGCCCUACCGAGAGAUGUAACGCCCGCGAGUUCACAUGUAGUAUGUCUGGUAACUGUAUACCAAUAACAAAGAAAUGCGAUGGUCAUGAUGACUGCGGAGAUGCAAGUGAUGAGAUCGGCUGCACGUGUACGUGUAAGGAUCAAUUCACAUGCGGGUCCUGCGAUUGUAUACCUAAGGAGAAGCAGUGCGACGGCAAAAUAGAUUGCUCUGACGGCUCUGACGAAAAGUGUGCAUGUUCUGUAGAUGAAUUUACUUGUAACAACAAACAGUGUAUCGAUUCGAAGUUGAAAUGCAACGAUAAAAAAGACUGUACAGACGGUUCUGAUGAACUUUACUGUAAAAUUUCAACAUUACCUCCAUUAUCAUUUGAGAAUUUCGAAGACGAGGUGACGGGUCAUCAAUCCAAAGAUGAAAGUGUUCAUUCAUUUACAACUACAGCUACUACUCUUGUAACAACUACUUCCCCUGCAACAACUAUUCCUUCCGUACCAACUACAACAGGACCUGAAUCUACUACUGAAACACGUACACCAUCUCCUAAAACAACCAUACCAUCUACAACAGGUGCGCCGUGUGAUGCGAUAACACUCGAUUACAAUUCAGCUGAAGUAUUAAUUACAACUUCAAGUUCUAUUACCCCGCCACGCGAUGUUUUAAAAGGAUCGUACAAGAACUGGGUCGCUAAGAGCGAACCGAAUUCAUGGUUAGAAAUUAGUUUCCAAACAAAAUAUGACGUAACAGUUUUAGGAAUAGGUUUCGUUUUAGACAACGCCCUCAGCUUUCAAUUGGAUUAUGUCAAAGAAAAUGAUAUAGUGGUUGAUACAAAGGUGAAAAAGGGGAUUCAAGGACAGGAAAACAUCUUGUUCAGCACGCCUGAUGGUACAAAAGUAAGGACUCUAAAACUAAAAAUUUCACCGAUACCGCAGAGAAACCUCAUUGUGGACAACUUGUUUUUAAAAAUCUGCAAUAUGCCUUUCGAUCUUAUUCAAUCGACAACCACGAUACCAAUGACGACAUCUUCCUGUACAAUUUUUGGAAAGAUGUUGUGUAGGGAUUCCGUCACAUGUGCGACGAUUUGUGAUGGCCAAGUAGAAUGUUCCGAUGGAAGCGACGAGAAAGGUUGUAAAACAACAGUCCCUACUACAGCACCUACAACAGAUGUGGUUGCAGUUGCUUGUUCUAUUGCACUGCUAUGUGGGAUCCAGAUUUCUCAAAAGCAUUUUUGGAACUCCUUUCUUCAAUGUCAGUUUACUCUUCUGCUUAUGACAGGUUUAACAUUCCUGGCUACCUGCUACAAUAGACGACACCUGGUAAUUUUCGAUACGUCUUCCCUGCCACAACUUUUGAAGAUUUCUCUAUUUGUCAGACAUAAGUUCCGCACAACUUCCCUUUCCACGCGUGAUAAAGUAAGAUUCAAAGCAACCCUCGACUUACCCUUAUCUGCCCUCGACCGAACAGGAAUAGGAGAUUGCACAAAUUUCUUCACUCUUCGGUGA